AUGGCUCAUCAUGUAUCAACCAUCAGCAUCUUUGUUGCACUUGCUAUCUCGUUAGCGACAGCGUCUGUUUUGCCAAAGAAUAGUCAACUCAGUAAUUCGACUAAACAAUGGACGUUCGAUAAAAUUCCAGCUUCAACCGAUCUCAUCUGGUAUCCAUGCUUUUCGAAUUAUUCCUGCGCCAUGUUGAGUGUUCCUCUUGAUUAUUCCAAACCAAACGGAACGCGUGCUUCGAUUCCAUUGAUCAUGAUAGCCGCCCAGAGUAACUCAACUGAUGGCUCGUAUCAAGGAAUGCUCCUCACUAAUCCAGGUGGCCCUGGUAACGCAGGUGUUGAUUUUCUCCUCGAAGAUGGAUACUCAGUUCUACUUCCGGUAGUAGGAACAAACUAUGACAUUGUAGCGUUUGAUCCCAGAGGAAUGGGUCGUAGUAUUCCGCUCGCCGAUUGCUCAUCUUCCAGUUCAUCCAAACUUCGUCGACGGAAUUUCGGGCUUUCGGGACCGGAAUUGGAUAGUUCCUAUUGGAUUUCGGAGUUUCAAACUGCAAUGGGCUUCGGAUCGGAAUGUAAUGCAACAAUGGGAGGACCUGAUGAGGCUGGGCCACAUAUGUCUACAGCGGUUCUUGCUACGGAUAUGCUUACUAUUGUUGAUGCUUUUGCCAUGACUGACCGUGGUCAAGGUGUCAACUCAUCAUCUUUGCUCAACUAUUGGGGUUUUAGUUAUGGGUCUUUCAUUGGUGAAACAUUUGCGUCAAUGUACCCAGACCGAGUUGGCCGUGUUGCAAUUGAUGGUGUUGUCGAUCCCGAGGAUUACAUUUCCGGAACUGAACUAAAGGAUAUUUACUUAGAGGAUGCCGUUAUUGACUCUUUCUUCACAUAUUGUCAUUUUGCCGGCCCUUCACUCUGUGAUUUCUACACAGGUAACAGCUCUAAAGACAUCCGUAAUCGCUUCGAGAACAUUUUCCUUCCACUCAACGCAUCAUACGCUUUCUCCCAAAAUUGGACAAAUGCAACCACCAUUCAGGAAUCUCUCGUAUCUAUUAAAUCCACAGUCAGAUUGACAGCCUAUACACCUAUUGAUUCUUUUCCCAUCCUAGCUACCCAGCUCGUGGCGUACGAAGUUGCUCUUUCAAAUUUGACCCUCCCCGCAAUCGAAGCUGCAAGUAAUAUUGGCGCCACAACAGCCAAUAUUAUAGGCACUGUUCCUCAACUAACCGAAUGGUUUAUUGGUGCAUUUUGUGGUGAAAUUCCUUCAGUCUAUGGAAAGACAUACGAAGAACUCAAAUCACAUAUCGACACGAUCGAAGAAGAAAGCUUCUUGACUGGAGAAAUAUGGGCUACGACUUUAGUGCUAUGUUCAGGAUGGCCUAUCACUGCAUCUUGGAGAUUUGCUGGUCCUUUUGGCGGUGAUACAAAGAAUCCCAUUUUGUUCAUCAGUAAUACUCUCGAUCCAGCCACCCUAUUGCGAAGUGAUAGUCAAAAAUGGGCACCGGAAUUCAAAGAUGCUCAAAUUCUCACAAUAGAAGCUAUCGGUCACACUUCGAUGGUGGCCAACAAUUCUUGUGCAAAUGAGAAGAUUUAUCGUUUCUUUCAAACGGGGAAUCUACCAGGCCAUGAUUCAAGAUGCGUUGUAGAAGCUGGACCUUUUGGUGUUACUCCUGAGAGUUCAGUUGUUGUAGAAGAAGAUAAUUGUUAG